AUGAACACGUCCAAGUCCUUCUGGCAUGAGCGUGAAGGCAGAGAGGGACGUCUCCAGCAGCUAAGAGAGAAAUGUCAGGUCAUGAAGGACUACAACGAUAAUCUUGCCUCGCAGCUAGAGGAGGCCGAGGGAUUGUACAAGGAUCUCUUUGAGAAGGUACAGCAGAUGAAGGAAAAGAUUGGGUUUGAAGCCGCUGGAUUAGAGCUCGCUCAUCGUCAGGUCACCGAUGGCACCGAAUCAUCUAAUUGA